CAGAUAAUCUAAUUACAUAUACUACUCAAUACUCAUGCAAAAACUAUUCUUUAUUUGCCACUCAGUACUAUAAGAAGACACUCAUUUCCACUGAGCCAUUUCAUCAAACAAUGGCUUCCAAUGGACUUCUCAAUGGUCUGAAACUCUAUGGUUCAUGGGCAAGUCCUUACACUCACCGUGUCCAACUAGCUCUCAAGCUCAAAGGCUUAGAGUUUGAGUACAUUGAAGAGGACCUCACUAACAAAAGCUCUUCUCUUCUUCUCCACAACCCAAUUUACAAGAAGGUUCCUGUGUUGCUGCAUGGUGAUCACUCCAUUGUUGAAUCAGUUAUUAUACUCCAAUACAUUGAUGAAACUUGGACUGAUAACUCUCUCCUCCCCAGUGAUCCAUAUGAAAGAGCUCUUGUUCGUUUUUGGUGUUAUUUCAUUGAUGACAAGCUUGGCACUGCACUUGGAACUGUGUUCAAAUCAGCAGGAGAAGAACAAAAGUUAGCUGUGGGUGAAGUUCAUGAGAACCUGAAGCUUGUUGAAGGUGAGCUUCAAGAGGGUGUUUUCAAAGGGAGGAGGUUCUUUGGUGGUGAGAAAAUUGGGCUCUUGGACAUUGUUCUUGGCUGUGGUUCUUACUGGCUUUCAGUCUUUGAAAAAGUAGCUGAUGUCAAGCUCAUUGAUUCUGAGAUGUUCCCACUCUUCUGUUCAUGGCUUAAAGAUUUUGAAGAGCAACCUGAGGUCAAAGAAAUCAUUCCGGCCAUUGAUAAAUUGCUUGAAUAUGCUCAUGGUGUUCGUCAGCUGAUGCUUAGCCUGAGCUCCGCCGCCGGCGAUCCCACCACCACCACCACCACCACCACCACCACAAACAAUACUGAUGAUGAUCAAGGUAGCAAAGAUUAGAUGGAUGGUUGCUUACCUUAUUAAGUAUUUAAUUAGUGUUAAUGUGUUUGGUUAAAUAGUUUUAUUUGGUUGUUCAUCAUGUAUGGUGUCAGAAUCAUGUGAAGGGAUGGGUUUAAUUUAUGGGAUGCUACUAUGUUUUCUGUGUUAUUUAUGGUCGGUUUUUAAUAAAUAAAUUGUAAGUUUGUUUUCGUGGCA